GUUCAAAACCAUGUCCAAGCGCAAGAAAUGCGCGCCAUCGCCAUCAACGGACACGCCGUCGACAGCGAAAGCGGAGGCUACAGCGCCAUGGUGCCAGCGAUUUCAACUGCUGGAUACCUGCUAUUGCUUUCUCGUUGCGAAAAAAGCCAUUCCGUCCCUGAACACCAUCGUAAGCCUUGCAACCCACAUGUCGGGAAACCCCGCGAACCUCACGGCAACCCAUGUUCGACAAAUGGUGUCAAUUGGGGUGGUGGAAUUGAAUGCGCAGCCACGAGACAAAGUUGUCCAACAAGACGAAUUCAACCCAGCCUCACGCGAUCCCCACGAAACCAUCGAGCUGGUGCAGUUUCCAGACGUGCCGCAACCCAGCAAACGAGCUAGCACGAAGCGAAUGCUUCUGUUUCAACGAGCACUGCAAACCACCUCCUUGGACUUGACCAACGUGCCUGAAUUCGAAGCCCCCAUAGGCAACAAACGUUCCAAAUCAGCUGACCCUUCGUCUCCAUCGAUUCCGUUCCAAACCAGCGCGAUACCAUAUCUGAACACGCUCAUGCAAACAAGCUACUAUGACGGCCAAGUGGUCCAUAUCGAAACAAUCCCCACGCGACCUGCUCGAUUUGGUCAUCGACAACUCAGUGACCUCGGCGUGUGCGACGCCGUCCGCCAGGCAGUCCUCGUCGACAAGCUGUACUCGCAUCAAUCGGACGCAAUCGCCGCCCUCUUAGAGGGCCAACAUGUCGUCAUUUCAACGUCCACUUCGAGUGGCAAGUCCAUGGUGUACUCAAUCCCCGUCGCGCACUCAUUGGUGACGUCACAAGCCACGUCGUUGUUCCUCUUUCCAACCAAAGCGCUGGCUCAGGACCAAGUUCAAUCAUUUCGAUCCUUUCUAGGUCGAUGCAACGGCCUGGAUCCGUCCAUCUGUGCCACUUAUGAUGGUGACACAGCCAUGGCGGCGCGUUCCAGUGUUCGGUCUUCGGCGCGAGUGAUUCUCACCAACCCCGACAUGCUGCACGUGUCGAUCUUGCCGCAGCACAAGGUGUGGAGGACGGUGCUGUCUCGACUGAAAUAUAUCGUGGUUGACGAAGCCCACAUGUAUCGCGGCAUUUUUGGGUCGCACGUCGCCAACGUCCUGCGGCGCCUCUUCCGCCUGUGCUACCUCUAUGGCUCCAACCCCCAGGUCGUGUGCUGCUCGGCGUCAAUUCAAAACCCUCGGGAACAUUUUGGAUGGCUCGUGCCUCAACAGUCGUUGUGCUCAACGGCGGACAACCCAAGCGCAGUCCAAGUGUGUUCUCGUGGUGUGGCGGUCCUGGAACCUGAACAAGAUGGAAGUCCAUGUGGCGCCAAGUAUUUCGUUGUGUGGAGGCCGAAACCACCCCCAACGACGUCGCUGGACCUGAACCAGAACAACCAAGACAUGACAGGAAGCACUAUAUUUCAAUCUGCUCAAAUUCUAGCGACCCUCGUGGCCGCCAAGGUCCACACGAUUGCGUUUUGCAGGGGCCGCAAGCUAACCGAGUUGAUCCUGGACUACACGCACAGCAUUUUGCGCAGCCAAAAGCUAGGCCAUCUCGUCGCGCGUGUCAAGGGGUAUCGUGGCGGGUACUCGGUGGAGAGCCGUCGCGCGAUUGAGACGCAGCUAUUUCGGCAGGAAUUGCUGGGGGUCGUCGCCACGAAUGCGUUGGAGCUCGGCAUCGACAUCGGGUCCCUGGAAUGCACGUUGCAUCUUGGCUUCCCGCCUUCCAUCGCGUCCAUGUGGCAACAAGCAGGUCGUGCCGGCCGCAGCGGCAAAGACUCGAUGGCAGUGAUUGUAUGCUUCGACUCGCCACUGGAUGCGUACAACACCUCGUUGGGCUCUGCCAUGUUCCACAAACUCCCGGAAGCCGUCGUGUUGGACCCGAACAACUCCCAGGUCGUCCAGCAGCAUCUCCUGUGUGCGUCGUUGGAGCUUGAUUUGCUGUCCCAGCGGUGUGGCACAAACGCCAUCGACAGGGUCAUGUUUCCAAACGACGUCGACGAUCUCGUGGCGACCAUGGUGGCCAAGGGAACCUUGAUGGUGAGCGGAGAUGGGUUUCGCGUCCCGGCGUCUAUGAGCGUCAAGGAUAUUACGAUUCGCGAUAUUGCCCAGGACGGCUACAACGUUGUCGAUGUGGACGACGACAACAAAGUGAUCGACACCAUUCCUGGCCACCGCGUAUUCUUUCAAGCAUACCCUGCGGCCGCGUACCUCCACCAAGUCCGCUUCAUGCGCUACUUUGCUGACUCGCUUGAUCUUCCAAUUUGAGUAAUGUGGAUUUGUCGGCGCGGUAGGGACGCGAGUACUUGAUCACAAAAGUCGACACAGACGCCAAGAUCAUUCUUGCAAAGCCAUGCGCGACUCGCCUCAAGUACUACACGACGUGCCGCGACUUCACGGACGUCGACGUCAUGACAACGUUCUUACCGUCGCUGGCGUAUUCGUCGCAGGUGCACUUGGGUAUCGCGCACUCGACGACGCACGUCGUGGGGUGCUACGCGCUGGAGAAGCGGACUCAACGCAUCCUGCAUCGGACGGAUUUUUCACUCCCGCCCAUGGAGUCCGAAGGACAUGCCGUGUGGAUGGACAUCCCGGUCCAUGUCGGAAACGUUGGCGAGCCACUUGCAGACUCCGAGCGCCAUCCGACACGGGAUGCUUUGCAUGGCGUGAACCAUUUGAUCCUUGCCGUGAACCCACACUUUAUGCUAGUCGACAGCAAAGACCUCGCGACGGAGCACGUGAGCCCGUUGGAAAAGCGCAUCCGACCGUUCCGUGUCAUUGUGUACGAGACGUGCCAAGGCGGCAUCGGGAUCGUACAAAGGGUGGCGUCACUCUUUCCAGAGAUAGUCGCGUGCGCCAAGAGCAUUUUGGAUCAAUGCGAUUGUGUCGACGGUUGCCCCCGGUGUAUUCACUCCCCCCAUUGCUCGGAAUUAAACAAGGCGGUAUCGAAGCCCGGCGCCAUCGCCAUCUUGACAUACAUGGCAACCCAGCUGAAUUGUUCAAAAGUGUAACAAGUCCUAGCGGUCGAGA